AUCAAAACAAACCAACAGACAACAAAACAAGCGACGCACGGUUCGCACGUGGUAGCCGGGUGUGAGUGUAUUUUUCAGAGUUUAUUUCCCUUUUUGUUGCUUAAAUUUGUUAAAAAUGGAUAUAAAAAGUCAAAUACUUGAGCAACUGGCCAGCAAGGAGGGCGGUUUCGCCGGCAGCUUGGCGUAUGGCAUAAAGCUAUGGAACUCGCCAAGCUUCUACUACAUGUCGAAAUACGAAGUUCUAUUUCAGUACUUCCUCGACAAUGUGAUGACGUUCUUCGAAGAGCUGAACAGCCUCGACGAGACACAGUUUAACGAGCGGUGGCAAAUCGUAAACACGUUCCUGCUGCUACCUUGCCCCUCCAAUGCGCUUUCCACCACGAUGGUGGAAGGUUUGGAGCGAAGGUUUAGGGUGCUGUGCCAGCAAGCAGUCGGACGAAAGGAGCAACUGCUCGAAAGCUUGCUGAUUGUCGCGUGCGAUGUGAAGUAUAAAAAUUUCUACAAGUUUGAUUUCUACGCUUACGCGGCCGUGCUCGGCGUCGCCAUAGACUACUACAAAAAGUGUCUGAACGAGCGCAGAUCGAAGGAGGAGGAAGAAAAGAUCGUUGAUCGGAUCUUCGGUGACAUUAAAAUCUACCACAAAUCGGCUUCGGACAGUGGGAAGUGGAGACUGGCGUUCGACCAGUUCGUAACACCCCUGUCGGAGCUGGUGCUGCUGCUGGAAACCCGUGGCAUUGAGCGUCGCACGGAACUGUUGGACUUUUUCCAGCAGGUGUACUUUAGCCACGAGCGUGUCAGCACGUACAACCGCACCGUCCAGGGCGGUCAGAAAUCGAGCGCCUUUAUGGGACAUUUCGAUCCGAGCACCUACCCGCUGCACGUGAUUGCGCUGCUGAUGGAAGGUUUCUUGCGCUCGUACCGAGAUUUGAAGCUGGAAAUUUUGUUCUUCAUGCGACACUAUCUGCAGAAUGUGUUUGUGGUAGAAAAUUCCAUCGUGCCGGACAGCCGGCAAAUGUUUGCCAUCACCAAGUACGUGUUUACGCUGCUGAAGCGUUACUACAUCACCGUCGAUCAGCAGCUGAUGGUGGACUUUAACUUUAUCGACAUACUGAUCACCGAGCUGAAGCAACAUCUGACCGCCUAUUCCGCGUCCGACCCGCUGCUGGGCGACUGUCUCGAGCUGAUUCGCGCCAUCAACGAAUACAAUCCGCUGAUACUCGAGCACAGCAUCGUGGACAUUGUGCUGCAGGUGAUGUUCAUGCGCAAGCAUCCGGAAACGCUGCACUCCUUCCAGGCCAUGCUCGUAUCGACCGUGAACAUGUUUAUGAAGCUUAAUAAGGGUGAAAACCUGUGCGACGAGCUGUUUAUGAAGCUGGGCGAUUAUCUCGACGAACAGGAUCUGGAUGAAAGGAUAUGCGAGCUGCGGACGGUAAAGCUAGUCGAGAAGCGAAGGCUCGACGAAGAUAGCGGGGAAACUCCUUCGAAGAAAAAGAAGCGUGCCGAUGGAUCGGAACAACCGGCCCGCGAACAGCUACCGUCUGGGAAGAAAUUGUAUUGGGAUGCGUUGUUCUCCGACCAGAACACUUCCAACGAAACGGGACGAAUGCAGCACCAUUCCGAGGUGUACAAUUUUUGGCCAGAACUAACGUUCGCUUGGCCCGAUGCCGAUGGGCGGUUGGGUGAAGCUAUGAAAGAGUACACCAAACAGCUACUGACGAAGCGCAGCCUAUCGUACUGGAAAAAAUUUAUGCUGAUGCUGAACGACCUGAUGGAACUGCCGGACCAGACGGAGAGUAUCGUGCUGCAGGUGGAGCUGGUUCUCUGCUGGAUGUGUUACUUCUUUGCCGGCAAUACGCUGAUUGAACAGUCGAACCUUUUCUGGUCGCGGCUCGUCGCCAGCCUGGAAGAGUUCGAUCAGAUAUUGGGCAACAUUGGCCGGAAGGUGCUGGCCGGCGAAGAUGAGGCAGCGGAAAGGACGAGCCUUUACGGUGCGUUCUUGAACGUAGUUUACUACUACGGAAAUUAUCGUACGAUGGUGCUUUACUAUCGACCGGAUUCGAUCGAGGAAAACGAUUAUAAGAAGCUGUACGCUUACCUGACCGAUGCCGAAUGGCGCCUGGUAGAAGAACGCGUACCCGGCCCGUAUCGCCCGCUGCUAAAUCGUGUGCUGUUGCAGAAACUUCGCCUAUCUUUCUUCGACGAGCAAAACCAACCAACGGAAGCGGAACAAACGGAGGACAAUCACGAGGAAAGGCAGAGAAUCAUUGCCAAAGUUCUAGAAGACAAAACCGGUGAACAUGUGCGUCCGCUGCUGCUCGAUCGUGCCACAAACGUUUGGUUUAUGGGGCUUUUAGAGAAGCAGCAGCAAAGAACCGUCGCCAACUGGCUGCUUGAUGCUGCCUACUGUCCGCUGGAAGAAAUUAACUACAUUCUAUUGGAAGUCACGUCCAAUCACGACCUGCUGGAGGUUUUUCUGGUGGAAGUCUACAGAAAAAUAGCCAAGCUACUGGCACGCUCGGAAGAUGCUUCCAUGCUGCGCAAUUUAAAUUUUAAACAGCUGCUCGAACAGGAAGAAACAACCAUUGUUCCCAAGCUGAAACAAUUGCUCGAACAGAGUGCCACCACCAACCGGGGAGAGGAGCAAAUCGUGCUGAAUCCUCCAACCGUGAACGGUUUGCUGCAUCUGCUGGAUGUUUUGGAUGAGAUACGAAUCGAUCUAUACGAGCAGGACAAGAAAUCGAUUCUGAUUGCUGUGCAUUUGUUGCUGCUGGCGAAGUUGAACUCCUGCAGUCCGGCAAACCUUGCGGAGCGCUUCAAAAAUCAACUGAUAAAAUUUAUCCUGCUCGGUACCACAACAAACGUGGCGAAGUUUAUCACCGUGGAAACGCUGGUCAAGCUGUUCGGUUUAUCGCCUGUCGUGAUUAGUUUGCUCCAGCAAAUAGUUGAACAUCUCACGGAGGAGAAGUUUGAGGAAUUUAAAUCCAUUUUAAACAACUUUUCGAACGAAAACGAUGCCCACUUCGAGCUGUUGCUGCUGAUUUACAACCUUGAGCAAAGGAACAAAUCACGCAACCGUAAAGCCUCAGUAGGCGUAGAGCAGCGUAAAGCUUUCCUCGGCGAGCUGGUGUCCGCCGUCGACGGUUAUCUGCUGCAGAAGAACGCCAAGAAGCUGCGUAAGCACGACCCGGUUAGGUUUAAUCACGCGCUGAAAGGAUGCUUCACCAGCGUACGGCACAAAGCGGAAGGUCAGCAGGGCGCACUGAGCGAGGAGCUGCGCGAACAUUUGCUCGGCUUCAUAAAGCAGGCGCUGAAGGUAUUUAGCUACAACUCCGACAUGCUGCUAACGAGAUGCCUCAUCCACAAGGACUUCCUCAAGCUGGACGCUUCCCUAACCACCGCAAUCGAGCAAAAGUGCUGGGAAACGUUCAUCGCGCUGAUGCAGGAAAAGGUCGCCGUGCAGGACGAUCGCGAGCACGGGCUGGCACUGGACGAGCAGAACCCUGCCGUCAGCCAAACGGACGAACAGAUGCGACGCAUCGAAACGAUCAUCAGCGCGCUCGUCGGCCACCUGUCGGAGGGCCAGUACAUGGAGAAGCUGAACCUGCUGAACCGAAUCGAUGUCGUGGGCAGUAAGGAUUCGACUGCGCCGCUCAAACUCACCAUGGCCGUGUUUGACAUUCUCUCCAAGAAGGGCCUUACCAACACGGUCUCGAAGGAAACGUGCAAAGUGUUUGUGCGCUCGUUUGCGGCCGUCGUUGCACGCGACGUGAUGGGGCUGUGCGUGCUGAAUCAGCACCAGCGCGAUCACCCUCUGCUCGAGACGAUACUGGAGUGCUUUGCGACCAUUGUCGCGCACCGGAAGCUGGCACUGUUCCCGGCCCUGCUCGACUACGUGCUGCAGUUCAUGAGUGCGAUCAACAUUCGCAAGCAUGCGUCGGUGCAGCAGGGCGAAGAGGCGCCAUUCUUCCGGCUGCAUCGCUUGAUGAGUGAGGUACUGUUUCAGCUGUUGAAAGCGCGCCCCAACUACGUGGUGACGCGGCUGCCCAGCUAUAUGCACGUGUACGAAGCGUUGGUGGGUGCGCUGAUCUGCUACAAAGGCGACGUGGGCAUGGGAAAGGCUUUGAACAGCUUCGAAAUCCUUACCAUUUCGGAUCUGCUGCUUCCGCUGCAAAGGAUCGUCAAUAUAGCGUGCAAAAAGCUCGAGAAGCAGCUGUACACGCUGGCCCCGUACGUGCUGGGCAAAGUACUGGACACGAUCGUGCAGUGCAAGCGUUCGACCACCGAGCACAACCGCAUCGCCAGCAAUGUGUACAACAUCUGCUUCAGCCUGAUGGGCAUCUACGAUACGCAUGCACCGGCCUACCUGCUGCGAACGUUGGACGAAAGCUGCCGGGCACUGUUUACGACCGUUACGAAACGGUACGAAAGGCGUAACGACAACCUCGGGUACCGGUCGAGAGGUAAGUCGGCUUAAGAAAUGUUGAUAUAAGUUUAUGUAAGUGUGCUAUCCUGCGCGAAGAAAAGAAAUGGUUUAUCCCUAUGAGUUGGAUAGUGAUACCGGUAAUGUGUAAGAA